GCAGACAAAAGCGCAUGAAAAAUUCAUAGGAAUUCGGCGGAACCGAAAGUUUAGCGGAAAAGGACUUCUCGACUGUGACUGUGACAGUGACAACAACAAGUAACCGAGGCACUACAGCAUAUAUAGCUAGUCUUAAACGUCUAUCGUUAGGUGUAACGAGUCACCAUGCAAAUUGCCUGCGCUGGCCCCGGACACCGGACCCGCACUCGAACCCGCACCCAGUAUCCUGACCAGGGACAGCAGGACUCGUCCUCGACAUCGUCUUCAUCAUCAUCAUCAUCAUCUUCAGCGCCAUUGAAGGCAGUGGAACGCAUAGUCGGAACGACUGGGGCGCAAUAAAAAUUGCCUAUAAACUGGCAGAACUCUGAGGGGGCUGCCAUGGAAGGACAGGACACAAGGACAAAGACUUGGCCGGGACGAGGAGAGCAGAAGCAGAAGCACAACAAAGCCAAACUUCCGCUCAGGAUGCGCCAGAACGGAAGCUAUUUCGGCCGCCUGAACGUGAGCCUGCUGCUCAUCUACUUGUGGUGCUAUCUGCUCCUGAUAAUGGCAGCAUCUGGCGGCAGCAACCAUGUGGUGAACGGCCUCAAAUGCUAUUGCAAUCCGAAGGAGUGCGACGUAAUCCGCUCGCCCGACUGCCCUGGCAAAGGACUCAUGCUCUGGGAUCCUUGCAAAUGUUGUCGCAUAUGCGCCAAAACUCUGGGCGAAUCCUGCGGCGGCCCGGGCGGAUUUUCCGGUCAAUGUGAGCCGCCCCUGCAGUGUGUGACCAAGCUGCCCAUUAGCAGCGGAUUGGGCGUGUGCAUGGAUUUGCAGCACCUGACCGCCCUGACCUACAGUCAGCAGGAUAAUUGCACCGACAGCGAGUCGAUUGUCCUGCAGCCGGGCUGCGAGAUCACCAACAAGCGAUGCCAGUGCUGGCCCACCAUGAGGACCUGUCUCAGUGAACUGACCAGCGAUGGAGGAUCAGUCAGCGACUCUAGCUGGCAUUUCAAGAACCUAGAGGACUGCCAGUUAAAUUUGCAAAAUCUCAUUAAGCUUGAACUAGAAUUCGAUGAAGACUACAAAAUCUCACCGAGCAAAUUCACAUACAAAAAGCUGCGCAGAAAGCGGAAAUCGUUAAGAAAGCGAAUCAUAAUCUUGAACGAUUGAGGAAUCAAUGUGCCAUUGGAAUUAUCCUCUUUCUCAGCUCUCAACUCAAUAAAACCAAAAGGAAAAUCU